AUGAAAGUUGCUAUUACCUAUAUCGCCCUUAUCGGACUAACAUGCGCGCAGGGUCCUCCUUACAAGGAGACGCCUCCAGGGAAACAACUUCUUGAUCAAGCAAUCGCCGGCAUUCCUAAUUGGGGCGGCCCCGGAUCACUGCAAGGCAAGCCUAAUAAGAGUCCUAAGCCGCCAAUUAAGAAUAUGAUAGGGGGCCUACCAGAGCUCUUUAAGCCCAAGCCUGGUAGUUCGGACUGGAGGGAGGACACGCUCAAGGGGCCAAGAAAGAAGCCUGGCGUGGUGCGGCCGAAGAACCCGUCGCCAAACUGCCGGAAGCGUGACUUAUGCGGGCCGGGCUUGGGCAAACUGCCAACCGGAAACAAGGUUCCCACUGGAGGCGGGAUUCCUGCGGUUGGAAGCACACUGACGAAUAUAUUCGGGGGGAUCGCAGGAGGCAUCGCAGUCGGGAUAGGACUCCAGCGACUCUUUAGCGCUAUCCCCGGUGCGAGUGACAAAAUCCAAGAGGUUAUAGACGCUAUUACUCGCUGGCAGAGGGAAACCUUUGGGCCCAAAAACAUCGCCUAUCCGCUUGAUCCUGGGAAGUAUAGCAAUUGCAUUGCCGCACGGCGGCAUGACAUUCAUGCCAACCCAGAGUAUCGGAAGGAACUGAUCAUAAUCAACUGUCCCUGGGGGACAGAGCUUGAAGAUACCCCAAAAACACCGCCAGAGCCAGAAACACAACCGGAGCCGUCGCGGCAGUGCUUCGACUCGACUGGCCCUAUCCCGUGUGGAGGCGCGCAGACGGAGGUACAGCUUGAUACAGGACGUGCCGUCUGCGGAAGCUGCGGGACCUUCUGGGACCCGGAGGGCGGGAAAUGCAGGGAUAUCAAGGGGGCGCUUAUAUGGCCAUCUCUUACACCUAUAACAGAGAGGACCCCGACGCCAUCAGGGCAGUGCUCCAACUCAACUAGCUCAUUUCCCUGUGGAGGUGGACAGACGGAAGCAGAGCUCGAUAUGGGAUGGGCUGUAUGUAGAGUUUGUAGCAGUGUUGCCUGGGAUCCCGAGGGCGGCAAAUGCGUGCAAAAGGACGGCAAGCUCCUCUGGCCACGUAAAUCGUGA